AUCAACUUCCUCUUUUAUCCGGUUGCUGUAUGUGACACUCGACAAGUUUUCACUUUGUCUUUUUUACAACCUGCCGCCGUCAUUGGAUUAUAUUACAUUUUUGUAGCACUUAUUUGUUCAGCUGCCAUCUCUGAGAAACGUGUGUAUGUGGCAGAGGAGAUCCUUUUAAGAGAUGAGAUCAUUAAACUGAUAUUGACUGGAAGGAUUCUGGUGAGACGUUGAACAGACAUCAUGAUGUUAACAACAUGCAUGUCUCUCUAAUAUUAGGUUGGUUCCAGAAACUAUUGAAAUCAAGAGCAUCUGUACCAGCACAACGUGAACAAGAGACAAAAGUGGCAAAAAAGUCAGUGUCCUCUGUGAGCAGUGUGUCAACUUCAUCUCCAUCUACAUCGACAAGCUCUUCUUUGUCAUCAUCAUCAUCACUGGGGACAACCCCUUUUAAAAAAACAUCACAGCCACAGUCUGGUCUGAGCUCACUGCUGCGAUGGAGCCGAAAGUAUGACGUGUUUGUGUGUCACAGCUCUGUGCACAGUGACACUGAAGAGGCAAUACGCCUGGUGUCUUUCCUGGAGGCCUCACCACAAAGUCUGAGGUGCUUUCUGUGGCAGAGGGACACCUGUCCAGGGGGGGCAAUGUCCACAGAGUUAUGCCAGGCUGUGGAGGAGAGCCAUUUAAGGGCCCUGCUUAUCACUCCUAACUUCCUGCAGGAUGACUGGUGCAUAUACAUGAUGCACCAGGCUCUGGCAGAGGGGCCUAUGUCCAAUCGGCUUAUCCCCUUGGUUCAGAACCUUUCCCGCUCUCAGUAUCCACAGGAACUGAGGUUCUUCUUCUACAUUGACCUGAGCAGGAACCCUGACCGAGGUUACACCCUCGUCAACAAGACUGUGCUCAAGUACCUGCAAGACCUGGCUAUAAAAGAGAAAGAACUUGAAUGCAACACAGACAGCUCUGACGGACCAAGUGGAGAAAGCAGCCCUAAAAAAGACAAUCUGAUGUCAAGUAAUGACCCCACUGAGACGUAAAUACCGCUGGAAGUGAUAGAGAAGAGAGAUAAAAGCCUCAGUGACGUUUGUGAACAUCAUCAACAGUAAUUAGGCUGUGAUGAGGGUGAGAGGGCUCCGGGUGGAGAAGGCUGCUGUUAUUGAACAAACUAAAAUUUAGAGACCAGUUUAUCACAUCAUGUUGGGAUUUUAAGGAAAGUUAUGCUACGACUUUUGCACCUUUUAUGUACACAACCAACACUGGGUGUCUCUGUGUGUGUGGUAAGGAUGUUCAUAUAGCGGACAGGAAGCAGUUGAUGCCAAGCAGCACUGGGGCUUAUUUCCUGUAUCAGAUCUAGAGAAGUACACCGUGCUCUGACCUAGUUAAAUGACAGUUUACAAUAAUGAUGCUGAUGAGCGUGUAUCAUGAGAACCUGUGGUCACAGUCUCAGCUUGUUACACAUAAUUCAGUUCAAUUGCAGCCCAUAAUUUAUCUUCACAGCAAAGGGCUCUAAAGUGUCACAAACGCAUGUGAUCACCUCUAUACUGUAUCAGAGUAAAACCUGUCAGAUUGCUGUGAAAGGAUAAUAUUGUGAUGCACACAGUGUUUACCACUAGGUGGUGUAUUUUGCUCUACUAUCCAAUCGAGAGUACUAGUGAGGAUAUUAUUCAGUCUAUGGAGCGGAUGCCAGUCAUGAAGGUGUGAUCUCUGUGGUAUAAUCUUCAAGCUUUUACCAUGACCUAUAAUGAUGACAGUAGCAUUAUGUCUCUUCUAUGUGUGUGUUUAUGUCUGUAAAAGAGAGCGCGAGAGUAAAAGGAAAAGACCGACCCACAAUAAACUGACAGUGACAUGACCUUUC